AUGAGCAAGCAUGUAUAUUUUUUUUUUGUGCCGAGUGUGGGAAGUGCUUUGCCCAGAAGUCCUGCUUCCUGUAGCACCAGAGGACUCACAUCGGGAAGGAGCCGUACUCUUGCUCUGAGUGCGGAGAACGCUUUGCUCAGAGGUCAACGCUGGUCAUUCACCGAAGGUCUCACACCAACUAGAAACCCUUCUCCUGCUUGGAAUGCGGGAAGUACUUUGUCCAAAAGUCCAGCCUGA